UGACUCGGACCACUGGCAGCCAACAGCCAUGGACCGGGCAACGGGCUAGGGAAAAAGAAGGUUUGCAAAUUGCAAAUUGCAAAUGCAAUUUCAUCGCAGCCCGCGUUUCUGAGAUGGAAAGGAAACUAUGAAUCCAGAAAGAGAACACAAGACAAACGAGUAAAAAAAGAGCCGCUCUCGACAAAUCUGAGGAAAACAAGACAAACGAGUAAAAAAAGGAAAUCGAGUGACGGAAGAAGACCAGUGGAACUCAGAGCACUACUGACGGCGGCCAUUACCUAAACACUAAAGAGUAAGAGGUCGUUUACUUGUCUUCGCAACAAUGUUUGGAACUCCGGCAUCCUCUCCGGGGUUCGGAACUCCCUCAACACCCUCGUUCUCUCCUGCCUUCGGCUCGUCCCUAUUCUCUACUCCUUUCUCCCAGCAGCAGCAGCAGCAGCAGCAGCAGCAGCAGCAACAACAACAACAACAACAACAACAGUCUCCAUUGUUUCAGCAACCAAGCACUGGCUUUGGCUUUCAGACUUCUUUUGCCACUCCUCAAUUGACUCCGCUUUCCCAAUCAACUCCUUUGCCCCUCGCAAAUGCUCAAUUGACAACUCAAAUGGCGCCCGUUGCCCCUCUACCUUUCUCCCUCGCCGAUCGCGACAUCCAGGCGAUUGUUGAUGCGUACAAAGACGAACCAGGAAAUCCCAAGUACGCAUUCAAGCAUUUGCUGUUCAGUGUGACCAAUCCGGCCGCUAGAACGAAGCCUGCUGGCAUCUCAGAUAUCAUGUGGGCCGAGGCUAUGGGGAAGCUGGAAGGUAUGGAGAGUGUUGAUCGAGAAAGACUCUGGCCUCAGCUUGUUCAGGGUUUCAAAGAUCUUUCCAAUCGGCUUAAGCUUCAAGAUGAAGUCAUGCUUUCUGAUGCUGAAAGAUUGCGAAUGACACAAGCAAAUGUUAAAAUGCUUCAGAGGCAUUUUCAAGCAGACACUCUUCCAUGGAUCCAAAGGAUGAGACAAAAGGAGCAAGGCCUUCAAAGGCGCCUUCUGAGGGUUAUGCGAAUAGUGGAGGCCUUGGAGGGUAAGGGUUGCCGAAUGCCACUAAUGAAAGGUGAGGCUGAAUUGGCUGAGAAGUUGGCUUCACUGACAAGACAGCUGAAAGGAUCAGGGGCCGAAUUGUCUAGAAGGGUUCACAAUCUGCUCUCUAUUUCUCGUGUGCAUGCAAAUGCUCUUGGUGGUGGUGGUUCCAUCUACUUCCCAGGAUCAACCAAAAUACAUGAGCAGAGCCUUGCAGAUAUGCAGGAGGUCUUACAACAGCAGACCGAGGCAAUCGCGAGACUUGGCAAUGUGCUAAAGCGAGAUAUCAGGGAUAUGGAGAUCAUCAUGGCCGAGGACACCGAAAUGGAUGACCAAGGGAGCAAAAAAGCUUUAGAGAUCUGAGAGGAGCAUAAAUUCUGCCUCUACUGACACUGACGUUUCAUCUACAUUUCUUAAAUGAAAUUGGACGAGGAAAGUGAAGAUUGCUGAUUAUGCCAGCACUUCCUCAUCCCACCAGAAUUUUGGCCAAAAUGAGCGCUCACAUGCCAUAACCGGUUCCUGACUUACUGUUUUUCAUGUCUGCUGAUUUUUUCUUUCCUGGUUUUUCAUUAUAUUUCUGCCGCUAUAUUGUUAUGUUGGUUGAAGUAUAACAAAUUACUUUUAAGUCAAUGCAUGGGUGGGCUGAGUAUUUUAUUCGGUA